AUGAUUCUCACAAAGCAGUACCGGUGCAUACACUCGGCUAGCUGUCAAUGUACCAAAGGGCAUUUAAGUGAAGAUGUGAUAUUCUUAGUAUUUCAUGCUUUGAAUUGGAAUCCCAAGCUAAUUGCAACUCUAUCAUGCGUGUGCAAAUGGUUUGAUGAUCUUGCCAAGCGAGUUCUAUGGAAAGAGUUUUGUCGAACAAGAGCUCCAAAGAUGUUGCAGGAUCUGCAAUCUAACGGGAGUCAUAUCGUUGAUGGGAACUGGAGGGCCUUAGGGAAACUGCUUUUAUACUGUUCAGGAUGUACAAAAGGUGGCUUGUUCAAUAGCAUUCAGAUCCCUGGUCACUUUGUUUAUCAAACUCGAUUUUCUAGAACAUCAGGAAAGAGCUUUCUUUUGCCACAAUGCAGAACUGAUGUUCUCUAUGUGUCUGAUCCCUGUGAACAUCUUGACCAAGGGGAAGAAGGAGAUGUAGGAUUCUUCCGUGGAAUUUUUAAGUCAUUUGCAACCUCAAAGGUGAGAAAGAUGCUUAUUAAUAAAGGUGCCAAGCUCCAUCCAAGUGAAGUCUGCCCUUAUUGUAAGGCAAAGUUGUGGAGCAUGCUACAAGCCAAAAUGAUUCCUCAAAGUGCGAGUUUCAGAUUGGGUUCUUAUGAUGAUUGUAUUGAGUAUUAUGUCUGCCUCAAUGGCCAUAUGCUCGGGAUAUGUACCCUGUUACCACUGUCCGAUUCAGAAGGGGCAUCUGAAUUGUAA